AUGGCGGAGCAAAACAAGUUCGCCCAGUACAAAUACUCGGCGAUGUCCAAUCUAGUGCUCCAGACAGACCGCAAGCACAUCGCCCGCCCAAGCGAACAGACCGGAGAUCCAGAGUCUCUUGCGGGUCGCCUCAAUAUCCGCGACAUGGGUUCAAGAGUACAGCGCGAGUCGGUUUCAAAAGACAAGAAGAACAGUUCUUUGUUGGCUGAACGGGGCAGCAUCCGUGAAGGCGAAGACGUUCUGGAACGAGAGCGUCGCAAGCGCAAGCGGGGUGAGCCUGCCCAGCGGGGUGGUAUUGUCUCUGCGGGCGAUGCGCUGAUUGAGGGUCUCAAGUAUCGACCUAGGACACCUGCCACGCGCGCGACAUACGACCUGCUGCUGUCCGUAACAGCGCAAGCACUAGGUGAUGUGCCGCAAGAAGUUGUGCGAAGUGCUGCCGAUGCCGUUCUCGAAUAUCUGAAGGAUGAAAACUUGAAAGAUAUUGAUAAGAAGAAGGAGAUAGACGUCCUGGUUGGCAUUACGAUGACGCCGAAGCAGUUCAAUGAAUUGGUCAAUCUAGGCAAGAAGAUUACGGACUACGAUGAUCAGGAUGACGACGAAGCCGCAGCUGAUGCCGCGGAAGAAGACGAGCUCGAUGACCGACAAGGUGUUGCAGUCGAUUUCAGCGAAGAUGAAGACGACGAAGAUCGCAUAGACAAGAACAUGGAAGUGCGAGACGACGGCGACACAUCUGACGAAGAAGACCUGCAAGAUCAGCCCGAAGAUGAAGAGGCUGCGACGGCAGGUGGUGUGGGGACGCUUGAAGCUGAUAGCGAUGAUGACGGCGAAGGCAUGGUCAUUGACGGCGGUGUCAGCGGAUCUCGAAGUCGAAAGCAGGGAGCCGACGUCAUUCCCAUUCAUGAAAUCGAUGCGUACUGGCUGCAGAGGCAGAUUGGUGCUGUCUACAAUGAUGCACACAUUCAGCAGCAGAAGACACAAGAAGUCCUCCAACUAUUAUCAGGCAUCACUACCGACGGGCAGGAGCUCUCUUUGCGAGAUAUCGAAAACGACCUCAUGGAGACUUUCGAUUACGAGCAGCCUGAUCUGGUCACGAAACUGGUGACAAAUAAGGACCGGAUCGUUUGGGCUACAAGAUGGCGGAGAGUUGCGGAAGAUGAUCAAGCGCGAUCACAGGUCGAGAAUCAGAUGAUCGAGGCAGGCAAACGGUCCAUCCUUUCCCAGCUCUUAGGGGGCGGGCAAGAAGCGGAGGAUCCGCGACCCGCGAAAAAGAUGAAGAUGGACCUGAUGGAUGUUGACGUCCCCAAAGCCGAACAAACCGAGGAGAAGAAAGAUGGCGAACUCACCAGAGGUCUCCAACCGCAACGGACCAUCAAUCUCGAGAACCUAAUAUUCGAGCAGGGUAACCAUCUCAUGACUAAUCCGAAGGUUGUCCUACCGCAUGGCUCGACGAAGCGCACUUUCAAAGGCUAUGAAGAGAUUCACGUGCCUGUACCAAAGGCCAAGCGCGAUCCAGGCGAAAAGAACAUUCCCACAACAGAUCUGCCAGAAUGGGCUCGCGCAGGUUUCGGAUCCGCCAAGGAGCUUAAUCGAAUCCAAACAAAAUGCUACCCAAGCGCCUUUAAAGAUGAUGGCAAUAUGCUAGUAUGCGCACCGACCGGUUCUGGCAAGACCAAUGUAGCUAUGUUGACCAUGCUGCGAGAAAUUGGGAAACACCGCAAUCCCGAUACUGGUGAGAUCAUGCUGGACGAUUUCAAAAUCAUCUACAUUGCACCCCUCAAAGCUUUAGUCCAGGAGCAAGUCGGCAAUUUUGGUGCAAGACUCAGGCCUUAUGGCAUUACUGUUUCCGAACUCACUGGCGACCGUCAACUUACUAAGCAGCAGAUCGCUGAUACGCAACUAAUCGUGACGACUCCCGAGAAGUGGGACGUUAUUACACGCAAGGCGACCGAUACGAGCUAUACCAGGCUCGUGCGUUUGAUCAUCAUCGAUGAGAUUCAUUUGCUGCAUGACGACCGUGGGCCAGUCCUGGAAAGCAUUGUAAGCCGUACAAUCCGCAAAAUAGAGCAGACCGGCGACCCCGUGCGAAUUGUCGGCUUGUCUGCCACUCUUCCCAACUAUCGAGACGUCGCCACCUUUCUGCGAGUUGAUCAGCAGAAGGACAUGUUCCACUUUGAUGGUUCCUUCCGACCCUGCCCGCUCCGACAGGAGUUCGUUGGCGUAACUGAUAAGAAGCCAAUCAAGCAACUGAAAAUCAUGAACGAUGUCUGCUACACAAAGGUCCUGGAGCAUGUGGGCAAGAACCAGCAGCAGAUGCUAAUAUUUGUCCAUUCGCGGAAAGAGACGGCGAAAACAGCCAAAUUCAUUCGCGACAAAGCUGUUGAGAUGGAGACCAUUGGUCAAAUCAUGCGAACAGAUGCUGCUAGUCGAGCGAUUCUGUCAGACGAAGCCGACAAUUCGAACGAUGCAAAUUUGAAGGACCUGCUACCGUAUGGCUUCGGCAUACACCAUGCUGGUAUGAAUGUCACUGAUCGUACCGCUGUAGCGGAUCUCUUCGCGGCUGGAGACCUGAGAGUGCUUGUUUGCACAGCUACAUUGGCUUGGGGUGUCAAUUUACCCGCUCAUACUGUCAUCAUCAAAGGCACACAGGUCUAUUCGCCAGAGAAGGGUAGCUGGGUCGAGCUCAGCCCGCAAGAUGUGCUUCAGAUGCUCGGCAGAGCCGGUCGUCCUCAGUACGACUCGUAUGGUGAAGGCAUCAUCAUCACUUCUCAGGCUGAGAUCCAGUACUACCUGUCUCUUAUGAAUCAGCAGCUACCAAUCGAGUCACAGCUCAUGAGUAAGCUGGCUGACAACCUCAACGCAGAAAUCGUGCUAGGCAAUAUCCGAAACCGCGAUGAAGGUGUCGACUGGCUCGGCUACACCUAUCUGUUCGUACGCAUGAUUCGCUCGCCAGGCUUGUACAGCGUUGGCGCGGACUACGACAGCGACCAAGCGCUCGAGCAGAAGCGAGUCGAUCUUAUUCACUCUGCGGCUCUCAUCCUCGAGAAAGCCGGUCUUGUUAAGUAUGAUCGCAAAGCAGGCAAGCUGCAAGGGACGGAUCUUGGCCGAAUUGCCUCCCAUUACUACAUUACGCACAACUCCAUGCUCACAUACAACAACUUCCUGCAACCGAACAUUGGUACGAUCGAAUUCUUCCGGCUUUUCGCUCUAAGCGACGAAUUCAAGUACAUUCCUGUCCGCCAGGACGAGAAGCUUGAGCUGGCGAAGCUCCUAGGCCGUGUACCCAUUCCGGUCAAAGAAGGAAUGGAGGAGCCCCAAGCUAAGAUCAAUGUUCUUCUACAAGCCUUCAUUUCCAGACUCAAGCUCGAGGGACUGGCUCUCAUGGCCGACAUGGUCUAUGUCACACAAUCGGCCGGUCGAAUCCUUCGUGCCAUCUUCGAGAUCUGCUUGCGCAAGGGCUGGGCACAGGUUGCUCGGACUUCGCUUGACCUCUGCAAGAUGGCCGAGAAGCGGAUGUGGCCAACGAUGACCCCUCUCAGACAGUUUCCUUCAUGCCCUCGUGACUACAUGCAGAAAGCCGAACGCAUUGAUGUGCCGUGGUCGAGCUACUUCGAUCUCGAUCCUCCACGGAUGGGCGAACUGCUUGGCAUUCCCAAGGCUGGUCGUGUUGUUUGCGAUCUGGUUAGCAAGUUCCCCCGUUUGGAAGUGCAGGCUCAAGUCCAGCCUAUGACUCGGUCAAUGCUGAGAGUUGAGCUUACGAUCACACCCAACUUCGUUUGGGACGAGUCUCUGCACGGGAAAGCUGAGGCAUUCUGGAUUCUGGUUGAGGAUUGCGACGGCGAGGAAAUCCUUUUCCACGACCAAUUCAUUCUGCGCCAGGACUUUGCCGAGGGUGAGAUGACAGAGCAUCUAGUCGACUUCACCGUCCCGAUCACCGAGCCAAUGCCGCCCAAUUACUUCAUAUCUCUUGUGUCGGAUCGGUGGAUGCAUGCUGAGACAAAAGUGCCAGUCUCGUUCCAGAAGCUGAUUCUACCCGAGCGCUUCCCAGCUCACACCCAGCUACUUGAUAUGCAGUCGGUCCCGGUCCAAGCCCUCCGUCGGAAAGAAUAUGCUCAGCUAUAUCCUAAUUGGGAUAAGUUCAACAAGAUCCAGACCCAAGUCUUCAAAUCGCUCUUUGACAGCAAUGACAGCGUAUUCGUUGGUGCACCGACCGGCAGUGGUAAAACCGUGUGCGCCGAGUUCGCUUUACUACGCCACUGGAACAAUCCAGAGGCCGGCAAAGCUGUCUACGUGGCGCCAUUCCAGGAAAUCGUUACCAACGUGUAUGCGGACUGGCAACAAAGAUUGGCUCCUCUCCAGGGCGGCAAGAUCCUUUCAACAUUGACUGGAGAGACGACUGCCGACCUGCGAAUCCUUGAGAGGUCAGACCUCGUGCUUGCGACGCCCACUCAAUGGGACGUCCUCUCAAGACAAUGGCAGCGCCGCAAGAACGUGCAAAACGUUGAGCUUUUCAUCGCGGAUGAGCUGCACAUGCUUGGCGGCGAGAACGGCUACAUCUAUGAGGCAGUAGUCUCGAGGAUGCAUUACAUCAAGGUACAACUAGAGAACGAUCUGCGCAUCAUCGGCUUGAGCGUACCUCUAGCCAAUGCUCGAGACGUGGGCGAGUGGCUUGGUGCAACAAAACACUCCAUCUACAACUUCAGCCCGAUGGCUCGACCCGUUGGGUUGGAACUGCACAUUCAGUCUUUCAGCAUUCCUCACUUCCCAUCAUUAAUGAUGGCCAUGGCAAGGCCGACCUACCGAGCCAUUAUCGAAAUGUCCCCAGACAAGCCAGCUAUUGUCUUCGUCCCCAGCCGGAAGCAAGUUCGCGCCACUGCCUUGGAUCUACUGUCAUGCUGCGUUGCCGAUGAUGAUGACGAGCGCUUCCUACAUGCCAGUGUCGAUGAGCUUACUCCCUUCCUCGAGCGCAUCCACGAAAAGUCGCUCGCCGAAUCUCUAACCCACGGCAUCGGCUACUACCACGAAGCGUUGUCCAUUAGUGACAAGAAGAUCGUAUCUCACCUAUACAAGCUCGGCGCCAUCCAAGUCCUUCUGGCAUCACGCGACGUAUGUUGGGAACUCCCGCUGACCGCUCACCUCGUCAUCAUCAUGGGCACGCAAUACUUCCAGGGCCGCGAACAUCGCUAUAUCGACUACCAGAUCUCCGAGAUCCUGCAGAUGUUUGGGCGCUCCUCUCGUCCGCUAGAAGACCGUCUGGGCAAGGGUGUCCUGAUGGUUCCUCAGGUCCGACGCGACUACUACCGCAAGUUCCUCAAUGAAGCGCUCCCCAUCGAAUCCCACUUGCAGCUCUACCUGCACGACGCCUUUGUUACGGAAAUUUCCACAAAGACCAUCGCGUCAACACAGGAAGCCCUGGACUGGAGCACGUACACAUACUUCUACCGCCGCCUGCUAGCCAACCCCUCGUUCUACGGCCUACACGAUCCGAGUCACGAAGGUCUCUCUGCGUUCCUUUCCGAGCUCGUCGAAACAACACUCAAAGACCUCUCCGAUGCGAAGAUCAUCGAACUUGAUGACGCCGACGACUCGGUAGCGCCACUCAACCCAGCCAUGAUCGCAGCGUACUACAACAUCAGCUUCGUCACGAUGCAGACGUUCCUCCUUUCGCUCACACAGCGCACCAAGCUGAAGGGGCUCCUGGAAAUCGUGACUUCUGCAACCGAGUUUGAGGGCGUCCAGCUUCGGCGGCACGAGACGCAUCUGCUGCGGCGCAUCUACGACCGUUGCCCAGUCAAGAUGGCGGAGCCGGCGUUUGAUAGUCCCCACUUCAAGGCCUUUGUGCUACUACAGGCGCACUUUGGGCGACUGAGCCUGCCGAUCGACCUAGCCAAAGACCUAGAGACCGUGGUAGGACGGGUGCUGCCGCUGCUGAGCGCCUGUGUCGACGUGCUGAGCUCCGAGGGACAUCUCAAUGCGACGCACGCGAUGGAGCUGUCGCAGAUGGUGGUGCAGGCCAUGUGGGACCGCGACUCUCCGCUCAUGCAGCUGCCGCACUUCACCAAGGAGGUGGCGGAACGUCUGGCCAAGGACUUCCAGGUCAGGGACGUCGAGGAGUUCAUGACGGCGAUGGACCCCUCGGAGAACCAGGAGUACAAGACACUGGUGGCGGCGCUGGGGGAGAUGGGGCUCGGGAACCGCGAGCUCGUCGAGGCGGCGGCGUUUACGAACCAAAAGUACCCGAACUUGGAGGUCGAGUUUGAGGUGGUGGAUCCGGAGGAGAUCGCGGCGGGAGAACCCGCGGUCGUGAACGUGACGAUCAAGAGGGAUGCGGAUGACGAGGACGAGGACGAGGAAGAUCAAGGCCCAGAGGAGAUCGACACCACGGUGCACGCGCCCUUCUACCCGGCGAAGAAGCAGGAGAACUGGUGGCUCGUGGUGGCGGAGGAGAAGACCAAGAGCCUGCUGGCCGUGAAGCGUGUCACGGUCGGCGUCAAAGAGCUGAAGGCCAAGUUGGAGUUCGUGCCAGAGGUGGCGGGCAAGAAGGAGCUACAGUUGCUCGUCAUGUGUGACAGCUACAUGGGGGUGGACCAGAGUUUGGAAUUCGAGGUCGAAGUCAAGGAGGGAGAGGAAGAUGAGGAAGAAGACGACGAUGAGGAGAUGGGGGGCUGA